AUGGCAUCUCCCACCAAACACACACAUACCUCCUCCACAAGCACGGCCAACAAUGUCGGGGAGUCACAGGAAAAGCUCCGGUCGAGAAGCACACCCCAGCCUACGGGGCUGCGCGUCCCUUCGAACAAGAAAACUAUUUACGACCGGAAUCUUAACCGCACCCGCAAUUCGGAGCUCAGCAAAGCAAGCUUCGCUUAUCUUUUUUCAGAGAUGGUCAUAUAUGCUCAGCGUCGUGUGACGGGAAUACAGGACCUGGAGAGGCGCCUCAACGAGCAAGGCUACCCGCUAGGUCUCCGUCUCCUUGAUCUUCUCCUCUACCGCUCCCUUUCCAGCUCCUCAUCCGGCGGUCUCACGUCCUCAUCAGGCACCCAGCCUACCAGACCCCUUCGCAUCCUCCCCCUUCUCCAUCUAAUACAUGGCCCUCUCUGGCGUCUCCUCUUCUCCCGCCCAGCAGAUGCUCUAGAGCACUCUGUGUCUCCAGCCACACCAAAUGAAUAUAUGAUCACUGACAACGACCCGCUAGUCAACACAUAUAUAUCUGUGCCUCGUGAGAUGAAUAUGCUGAAUUGUGCAGCGUAUGUGGCCGGGAUAAUUGAAGGGGUCUGCGAUGGGUGUGGUUUUGAGGCAAAGGUGUCAGCUCAUAAUCAGGGGAAUGAGAUGUGGCCGAGCCGGACAGUGUUUCUGGUACGGUUUGGAGAGAGUGUCAUGGAGAGGGAGAAGAUGUUAGAAAGAGCGGGCGUGAAGUAA